CCUACCCCCUUGCCUCCCUCUUCUCUCAUCCUGAGUCACCUUUUGGGAUUUUGGAGUUGAGCACCAUGGGGACUCCAAAUGAUCAGGCAGUGUUGCAGGCCAUCUUCAACCCCGACACCCCAUUUGGAGAUGUUGAGUUGGACCUAGGAGAAGCAGAAAAGGAAGAACUAGAUGAAGAUGGAGUUUUCCCUCAAGCACAGUUGGAGCAGUCCAAGGCCCUGGAGCUGCAGGGGGUGAUGGCAGCAGAGGCUGGGGACCUCAGCACAGCCCUGGAGAGGUUUGGCCAAGCCAUCUGCCUAUUGCCUGAGAGGGCAUCAGCCUACAACAACCGAGCCCAGGCCCGGCGACUUCAGGGCGAUGUGGCAGGCGCCCUGGAGGACCUGGAGCGCGCCGUGGAGCUAAGCGGCGGCCGAGGUCGCGCCGCCCGCCAGAGCUUCGUGCAGCGCGGGCUCCUGGCGCGGCUGCAGGGCCGGGACGACGAUGCCCGCAGGGACUUCGAGCGGGCGGCGCGGCUGGGCAGCCCGUUCGCGCGGCGCCAGCUGGUGCUGCUCAACCCCUACGCCGCGCUGUGCAACCGCAUGCUGGCUGACAUGAUGGGGCAGCUGCGCGGCCCCCGCAACGGGCGCUGAGCGCCGCAGGGCCUGGGUGCCCGCAGCCGAGGGGGCGGGAGGGGCCCUGAACCAAUAAAGCUGCACGGGCCUCACCGA